AUGUUCAACAUCAGUCGCAAUAAGGACAAUGUGAUCAAGGUUUUCAGGCCUCCCUCCGUGGCUCAACCUCUCAACCCUCCGACUGAUGCCGAACCAAGCCGAAGCCCGCCGACCACGACGUCAGCAUAUCUCGUUCUUUCGUUUUUCGCCUGCUGCGUGCGAAGGAGAGAGAGGAAAAAACGGCUCUCAGCAAAGCAACAAGAAGGAAGAGCAAUGGCGACACUGGAUCGCCAAAUACCAAGUCCGGAUACCUUCCUUUGCGAGCCUUGGUCUUCCUUCGUCAGUGCGGCUAAAUUACGUUUUGUUGACAACGCAGACUCCUCCUUGGAUAACAGCGACAAAGAGCUUUGCUGCCUCGGUGAAGCCGUGAAGCUCAGCAAAGAAGAGAUGUUUGUCUAUAGCCAGUUUCCAGCACUGGAGGAUUUUUCUCUUGUUGUCUGCCAUGUCUGCAAUAAGGUGGUCACUCCUCAGGGCAUACUCACGCACUAUGAGAAGCGCCACGGCUCCCCCAUCCCCUCCAGGAGCCCCCUGGUCCCCAUGAAGCCCAAAGCCCCUGCUGUGGCCCCCGCUGUGGCCCCUAGUCCUGGGGACACGCUGGCCUUCAGGGUCCCUAAAGAUUACCCUCACUCCCGCUUCAGCAAGGCGCCACUUGCUGUCUAUCCACCAAAGGGAGCACGGAACAAGACAUGCGUAUCGCUUCCAGUCGUAAGCCUAGAGAAGAUGCCCUGCCUAAGCCGAACAGACUCGGCAUCACAUGUGCGCCUCACCACCUCCUCCUCUGUCUCCCCUUCUUCCCUCAAACCUCCAUCCCUCACUCCCCCAGCCUCCCAACGCUCCAACGAAAAGCUCAUGAAUGGUCGCGGCAGCAGCGGGCCGCCCACGCCACGCUCUACCACGCCUCCAUCCUCGUUGGAAGGGCGGCCCAGUAUGGCACGCUCUCCGCUGGAUAGACGGCCGUCGUCUACACCCUCUCCUUCCCCGCUGGAUCGGAAACCCUCCCUGUCACCUUCACCCUCUCACCGAUCUGGCGCGAUGCCAUCAUCAUCAUCGUUGCUGUUGUCGCCGACGGUGGAGAAGAAGCACCAGAAUGGGACUAAAACUUCCUCCAGGUCGCACAAAAGACUCUCAGGGAGAGUGUUUGAUCCUAACAAGCACUGUGGAGUCCAGGACCCAGAGACUAAACGACCCUGCACGCGGUCUCUCACCUGCAAGACUCACUCCUUAACCCACCGCCGAGCUGUCCCCGGCCGAAGGAAAAACUUCGACACCCUACUGGCCGAACACAAGGGGCGGGCGAAGGAGAAGGACGGCGCGAAGGAGAAGGAGAAAGACAGAGACGGAGCGCAGGGAGGGAAGGAAGGCUGCGGCCACAGUGUCACGUCACAGGAGAUUCCCGGCAAGCCUCACUGCCCUAAUGGACGACCCCUGUCCACGCUGAAGCUUCGGCUGGCAAAUGCGCACAUACCCAGGGUUCCAGGCGGAUCCGCCACCUCCACCUCCAGUCCUUUGCCCCUAGCACCAGUCCCCGGCCUGGCCCCUAACGCAGAGCUGUCCCCUCACAGCUGGGUGACGGCAGGGGGAGAUGGCGGCCGGCUUUCCAGUGACGAGGGAGACGCAGAGACUCCAGAGGACCCUGACAGACCUGCCGUUCACUACUCCAAUCACCACCCACAGCCUUCUGGGUUUUGCGUAUUCAGCAGCAGGCUCAUGGGACGGGGCCACUAUGUGUUCGACAGGCGAUGGGACAGGAUGAGGCUGGCGCUCCAGAGCAUGGUGGAGAAACACCUCAACGCACAGAUGUGGAGGAAGGUGCCUCUGGCUGCUGAGAGCCUCCUCUCCCACUCCUCCUCCGGUACCUCCUCCGUCACUUCACAGCGGACUCCCUCUCCCACAUCUCUCACCUGCCCCUCCUACACCGUCACCUUCCCACAGUCCACGUCCACAGCUGGGGUGUUCGGCAUCCGAGAGGCCCCGCAACCCCUGACCGCCAUUUCCACACCGGGCAAAGCCCGUAACAGCACCCAUAAAGCCAGCCGCCCACCCAAAGACACAGAGGACUCUGUAGUGGGAUAUAAGAAGAGAAAAAACUCUUCCUACUUGUCUUCCUCCCUUACUUCUUCUCCUUCUUCCUUGUUUUCAUCUGUGGAUAAUCACAAGAGGAACGGCAGCAGCUAUCAUCCAACAUUGCAAGGUUCAGGGGGCACAGCUGCCUCCCCAGCCAGGAAAAAGGGACUUGGGCGUGGGGGAAGCGGGCUUUGGCGCAGCGGAGAUGACUGGCUAUCCAGAUCUGAUGGGUCUCAAAGCCACAACUCACAGAGCAGUCGCGAUCUUGGCACGACCAGUAUACCCUACUCGCCAUCCAGGGAGCCUGCCUCCACGCCUCAUCAGCCCCUGGCUCCCCCCUCUGGACCCCUGGCUUAUGGGGGAGGAGCCGAGGGGAGGAAGAGGAGGAGUCCCAGCUCUUACAGAGGGAAGGCCAGCAAGCUGAGCAGGCCAGGAGGACUGGAGAGCCUCUUUGGGAAAGGAAAUGACAUUGGAGGGAUACUGGCUUUGGGGCCGGAGUCCCCGAGACAGGCCAAGUUGCAUCACUGACAGGAACCUGUCUCAUGGACAGAAUGUUGGGCAGCUGUGCAGGCCACCACCGUUUGUGACCUUUGACCUCACCACUCUUCCACCGACAGCACCAAUCAGACUGCUUCAUCUCGGCGAUGUCACCCCUGUUUACCCAGUGACGGCUCAGUUCACCCGCUGUGAUACCGGGGCUCUGGAGUCUUUGCUCACAGUCGAGCUGGCAGUUUUACUUCCGUGCAUCACAGCGGUCGUGGUUUUCUCAGAAGAUGACGGCGGAUUCCAAAAAAACUUAUCCUCUGAAAAGGGAAUAUGCCUCACAAAGUUUUCAAGGCAUUGUUAAUAAUACCACCUCUGUACAAUUUUUCAGAGAGGCAACUUUUUUUUUCUGGUUGUUCUGACCAUGUUCCUGGUUGCUGUGGUUGGUCAGCAGACAAGGAAAGAGGUCUGCGAUUGUAUUUGGGAUUUAGAUGGUUGAAGGACCUAUUGACACGACUACUGUAGGACUCUGACUUCAGCUACGCCACCUCACCUGCCCCCCACCCCCCACCCCUUUUACCCUUUUUUCUGUCUUUAGCUUUUUCCCCCUACUCAAAGAUGGCGGAGGCAACAGCAGUUUUAGUUGGGUUUUAUCCAGCUUUUUCCUCUGCAUCAACCUCUUCCUUUUUUUCUAAUUUCUCUCCAUCUUUCUGGAGCAACUUUUUCCACAUCUCUGAAAUUCUCUCCUUUUUUUUCUUUUUUUCUUUUUUUUUCUUUCCAACUGUCUGUCCCUCAAUCCCUCUCCAUCCCAGCAUGCCCAUGUUCAAAGUGCACUUACUGGACUCGCAUCCCUCUUCACUGACUCCAGAGCAGUCUCCAGCAGUGCCACACAAGGACCUGUUCACACAAGGGAAGAAGAAACGUCUGUGUUACCAACAACGCCGCGUCAAUGCAUUGUAAUUUCAGUACAGGAAGAAUUUUAUUUGAAGAUUGUAUUUUUUUUGUUUUUCCUCCAUUCUGGUUUAAAUGUUGCAAGAAACACAAACUCCUGUGUGUGUGUGUCAGGACUUGCACCCAAAAAAGGAAUUAUUACUACGGUGUUGGAAUUUUUCUUUUUUUUUUUUGUAUAAUAAUUUAUGUUCUGAAAUGAUGUUUGUUUUCUUACUGACCAUUGAGGUUUGAGCUACAGAGACAUUUUGAGCAAAAAAUAAUUUCUAUGACAUUUUGAAGAAAAAUGUUGAAAGUGUUAUGGUAGUUCAUAUUGUUGAAAAUGUGUACAUAUCUGUUAUUAUUUUUGUAUUUAUUAAUAAUUGUCCCCUUUUACUAAAUAUCAGCUAAAAGAGGGAAUAUUUUCGCCCUCCUACCUUGGUCUGUGUUAAAUAAUAUUGAUGAGAAUGGUCUGGUUUCUCAAAACCUUCACAAAUUUGUAAAUUAGCUUUAAGUUUAAUUAAUACUCACACACAGCCGGAUAUGAACUUUGACUGUUUCAGUUUAUGUCAUUUCCAUUUAUCUGUGUUACCAGGUCACAACAACCUGCGGCAAAUUCUACAAAAUAGUUCUAAUAACUAAGUGUAGUUAAUUCUGGCUAAUUUUGUCCAACAAGAAAAGUCUUAACUCAAGGUCCACUCACAUUGCUUUUUCUAGAGCUUCAUCUGCAUCUCACAUGCUGUGUCCCAACUCCAUACUAAUUGUUUACGGUAUAUGUUAUUUACUAAUGACUGUAGUAUACUGUUUUUUUUCUGUUAGUAUACAAGAAAUCAACAUAUUUAACUCUUCUAUACCAACAGGAAAUUAUACAAUAUAUGCACCGACAACAGGUCAGUCAAAUUGCUACUUUGCAAAGCCGCUGCCGAUUUUACUUCCCAAAGAGAAAGCAACAUGUUUGUUCCAAAGAUUAAAUACUGAAUUUUUCUAAAAUUUUCUGGAGCGGUUUUGCCACUGCCCACAAUUUAUUUACACUUUUGCAGCUAUCCUCCAUUUCCUAUGUGCAUUGCACUUUAGGCCAAUACCGUCCAUCAAACA